UAAGAGGGUGUGGCUUUUUCACUCAGAGAGAACAGAUAAGCUUGAACGAAUUGUCCUUGCAAAGAGGGGCAAGAGUCACAAUCCUGAACAGACAGCCAUUUACUUUCACUCUGCUGGGCUCUCUUAACUAUCCAGCUGCACGAUUCUUCUCCCUCUCUUGUGCAUUCCUUCAGCAGUUUGAAGCAAGACUUUGAGGGGAAGCAGCUUCCAGCACAGAGAAGGAAAAGCACAAGAGGAAAGCUCAGGAAAAACUAUAACUCGCAGCCAUGAAGGACAAAGUGAAGAAAGGAGGAAGAAAUCAGGCCAAGGCUGCAGAUGUAAUGAGCCUGAUUGGUGGAAAGGAUGCCGUUGACAUUAAGCAACACGAUGACACAUUGUUCCCUGUGAAGAUCCAGGGAGCCGGAGUAGAGCCAUUUGAGCUGCAGGUCCAUGGAUUUUGGCUUGUUCAAGAUGCAGUAAUGACUCUGCUUUCGAGGGAUGAGGUGUGUCCACGUACCAACUUUUCGCUGGCACUCGCUGGUACGACUCUGGAUCCCCUUGCAGAACUGCAAAGCCUUAAGGGCCUUAAACCAGGAGCCAUCCUUCGCCUGGUGGAAGAACCCUACACCGCCCGCUCAGCCAGACACCAUCUGGCUCGUGUGCUUGAGCUGCUGAGGGCAUCUGGACCUCAGGAUGCACUGAGAGAAGGACGCUCACCAAGCAUACUGGAGACACUCACACAAACACCAGACUCCAGCUUACCGAAUGGAAAGAGCCUAAAACGCUCUUUAAGCAACACAAAAACAGAAACAACCAACCAGGAUGGAGCGCCCCCUGAGUACCUCCUCCCUGGUUCCUCAGAGAGACCACUCAUGGCCCUGCUACCACACAGCUCCCAACCAGAGUCCCCCAGCUACCUGAAAGACUUGUCUCUCAGCUGUUGGAACCCGGCUCCAGGACACAGGAAGCUGCAGGGAGACUUCCUGUACAUCACUGUGGUGACAAUGGAGGGACGGCGGUGUGAGAUCACUUCCUGUCCUAAAGGGUUCUUCCUCAAUAGAUCUACAGAAGAAGUAUUUGAUCCUCGUCCCGCACAGUCUUCCCCAGUUUGUCACAGUUUCACCGACCUGCUCUGUCACAUCAGCCCUGCCUUCAAACAAACUUUGACCACGUUAAAAAACAGGUCUCAGUUACCUCCAGUAGAGGGGAUGCCCACUCCUUACCACACACUGAGCUGGCUCGGGCCUUCCUGCGCCUCUCGCACUCAUAAAAACACCUUCAGCCGACUGGGAGUGGAUGAACAGUCAGCAACACAGGCUCCAGACUGGAAUGAGGAGUUGCAAGCUGCCAGAGAUCUUCCACAUGGCAGCCUGGAGGAGAGGCUGCAGCGGGACAGAGCUCUGCUCCAGGUUAACGGUGCAUUUGUUAGGGUUGUGAUGCAGGGGGCAGAAACUGUUGUAGAUGGCUUUGUGGAGCCAGUGAAUGGAAACCCUGAUGACCCAGCUUUCCUGUUGGGCGGCCUGUUCAUGAGCCAAGGGGCAGCAAACGCAAUGUUUGGAGGGGACAGGGGUCGCAGGGCUGCUCAGAGGCUGGAGCUUAAAGGAGUACAGGCCUACAGUAACAUUGUGGGGCUGCAGGGGCUGCACACUCUACCUACAGCCAUUGUAGACUACAGAGGAGUGCGUCUGUCUGCUCAGGCUCUGGCCCCUGGGUUGGAGGGCUCAGAGCAGGACCAGCCAACUACUCCCGCCUCAAGAGGCUUGCUGUACGGGGUAACUGCAGGACACCAAGAGUCCCCCCAACGCAGACGGCUCCUAGAGCUCUUGGCCAUGGCUGCCAAAUCUCUCUCUCUCCAGAGACAUGUUGUUGUGGGGCCCAACGAUCACAAGGUACCGCUGUUCACCUCAGUGGACGCUCAGGGACUGUUGGGCGCUGAUGGGAGGUUCUACAUACUGGAUGUGUUCAGGAUCUUCCCAGCUGAUGCCAACUUCUGCCCAGAGGUGGAGACAGAAGGCCAGACAGUCAAUGAAGAAGAGGAGAGUAAUAAAACCUGUGAAGAGGAUGAGGAGAAGAAGGGUUGUGUAAAAGAAGGUUGGCCAGAGAAUUAUCGAUCAGAUUCUGGGCUUCCAAGGAGCUUCCCUCACGGACUCUGUCGACUGAGGCCAGAGCUGGUGCAGGCCUUCACCCAGCACAAACAUUACCAGUUCACUCAGCGUGUCAGGGAGACGUUGGACGAGAAUGGAGGCUUUGAAGAAUGUGCAACAGCUUGUGAUUCUCGAGCCACUGAGGCAGUACAAGCUGCUUGUAAAGAAGUGGGCUCAGUCAGCAACAUCAUCUUUGAGAUGCUCUUUAACCCAAGCGUCUUCUCUCCAGAAGUAUCCUUCCCUCCUGGUGAAAGUAAGUCAACGAAGCUGCAGGAGAGGUUACUGAGGGAAGCUGCUGCUUUCAUCAUCACACAUCAGAUUCCAGCCUUCGUGGAGUUUUGCCUACAAUGCAAUGAGGCACCAAUGGAUGGAGUCUCUCUAAAACAGGCGCUACACCAUAGAGGCAUCAACCUCAGAUAUCUGGGCCAUGUAAUAACGACCAUCAGCCAAUCAGAACACAAGGAGGGCCUGAGGCAUAUAAUGAGAUUGGUCAUCGGGGAAAUUUUCACCCGCUCCACAAGAAGAGUGUUCAACAGUUUCCUCCAGGGUGUGGAUGUGCCUAGCCUCUCUGCAGCUGUCAGUCACUUUCUGUGCUGCCUGUUAGUUCCUGACUUCACACCCGCACCUGUUGGGGAUGAGACUAAGAAGAAGUCAAGGCGCCGUGGUCGAGGGGCCGGAACCGGGGCCGGAACCGGGGCCGGGGCCGGGGCCGGAGCCGGGGCCGGGGCCGGAGCCGGAGCCGGGGCCGGAGCCGGAGCCGGGGCCGGGGUCUCUGAAAGUACGCCCUGGAGCAUGCUCGCAGGGGCCGAGCUGUGGAACCUGAUCUGCCAGAAUGCUGCUGAAACAUAUAACAUCUCUGACAGCCUUGGCUCUGGUCCGAACCACCUGGUGGAGCACUACGGCCUUCAGAAGAUCUCUCUGCUCAGAGAGUUCUGUUUAAAGACUGGAGUACAGUUGAGACUGAGAGACUACGUCCUUGACAACCAAAAUAAAGCUCCCAUUGGUCCAGACGACAUCCUCAACAUCUUCCCUAUUGUCAAACACAUUUGCAUGCCAACUGUGGAUGCUUCAAAAGCAUAUCAAGCUGCACAGAACUUCAUGAAGAAGGGUCUGCUGGAUCAGGCCCAUGAACACCUGAAAGAAGCAUCCUACUUGUUUGGUAGGGUGUGUGACAACCUGCACAUUGAGGCCUGUUACUGCCACAGUCUGUUGGCCAAGGUGGCCUUCGUGCAGGGCAAGGCAGCUGAGGCUCGCAUCGUCCAGCUGAAAGCAGUGGUCAUCAGUGAGAGAGUGCUUGGCUUUGACCAUCCAAACACUAUCCACCAAUAUGCCCUGUUGGGUGUGUAUGUGUUUGCUGGAGGGGAGACUGCCCUGGCCCAGAAGUGUCUCCUCAGAGCUCGCCUGCUAAUGCUAACAGUCCAUGGAGAGGACCAUCCUUACACUGCAACACUGGAUGGCUGUCUUGGGUUGGUGCUGACUGGAGACCAGACAGGUAAGUUCUUAGAGAACGCCCUCAGACUCAACACCUCCUUCUUCGGUCCCUCACAUCUGCACACCGCUCUCAAUCGGCACCUGUUGGCCCAGUGGAUGUGCAGCAAGGGAGACUACAGAAGUGCUAUGAGCCAUGAGAAAGAGGCUCUCACUGCUUUUACCUCCAUGCUUGGAGAGGAUCACCCUCAGUCAUGCUGCAGCAAAGAGUUCCUGUGCACUAUAACCAAGCAAGCGGUGAAGGUGGAACGCUCUCUCAGACAGGCAGGAGCUGACUGCACAGAGCAGACAGUGGAGUGUCUAAGUCCCACAUCUGACUCUAAGCUGGAGCAAAUGGCUCUGCUGACCGGGAUCAGGAGCAUUACACACAGAGACGGGCUCCAGGAGUAUAGGAAGAAACACAAAGAACUAAAGGCAGCGGUGGCAAAAGAACUGGGAUUCAUAGUGACCGACGAGCUCGUCGCCUCAAAGACUGUGAAUGGAGAAGAGAAAAGCUCAGAUCAAGAAACAGGAAGCAGGAAGGAAGCAGAGGAUGGAGGAAGCGUAGCGGUGGAGGAUACCAGCGAGGGCCAACAGGAGCAGAUGGUGGAAGAGACCUUGGUGAAGAAUGCUGCCACUGCUUCAGUUAAUGGUCAUGUGGUGGAGCCAGCUGAAGUGAACGGGCAUGAGGAGAAAACAGAUGUAGACGCAGCAGACAGUGACGGAGCAGCUUCAGAGGCUGAGGUCAAGAUAGUGAAUGGGGAGUCAGAGGUCAGGGACAGCACACCAAAUGACGCAAACAGCAACACAGUCAAUGGGGAGAUCGGAUCUGAUGCAACAGUUACUGCGAUGAAGUCUGAGUCAGAUGAGGUUAAUGAUGACAUAAAUGGAGCUUGUGACAUCGCUGUAAGCCCGUCAGUCCUUAAGAGCAAAGGAACCUGGGCAGAUGUUGUUUCAAAAGCCAAUGGAGGGAAAGACACAGCGGUGAACAGAGCAGCAGAUAAAGUCACUGCUAAUGGGACAGCUGAAGAGUGAAAAUAUAUCAAAACAGGAAAACAGUGUUGUAGUCAAGUUUUUCCAAGUAACUGCUGUAAUAGAAAACUCUUCCAGGAUCCUAGAAUGAAUAUGAAGCUAGCAGCAGAGAGUGAGGUUUUGAGUAUUUGUUUUGUAGAUGUUAUUGCUGAUGCUGGGAGAGGGUUGUACUGCUGAGUGCUGUUUUUUUCAAAAAUAAACUUUUAAUCUGG